AUGAAUUAACAAUAUCUCUAGAUACCUAUGACUUAAAGUAGAUAAUAAUUAAAUAAUGACAACUAUUAAACUACUUAACAAAUGGGUACAAGUGCUGAUAAGUAAAGUCAAUAAUUAUAUUAGACAACUGAUUGAAAUUAAUUAUAGUACCAAGAAGAGCAUAUUAUUUGAAGAUAAGUAAAGUCUAAUAAUAUCAAAAGGCGAUUUGAAGAGUUACUAUAAGACAAUAGAAAAUUGAAAGAAGUGAUUGAACAAUUAGAUAAAGACAAUUAAUAAUUAAAGCAAAUGUCCGGAGAAAGUUAUAAUAUAAAGCAAAAAUACAUGAUUAACUAAUCAGAACUAGAAGCUGCUUAAUAAGAAUUAGCUAAAUUGAGAUCUCAAUUAUUAAUGAGGAAUUCAUCAGAUGCAGAAUAAUUGAGUCUUGUAACUAGAUAUAAGUAAGAAAUUACAUCAUUAACUGAACAAUAAAUUAAGUAUUAAUAAGGUAUUAGAUAUAAAUAAUAUAGAUAUAACUUAAUUAAGUGCUAUGUUGACAGAAUACAAAAAAUAAGUAGAAGAGUUUUUAAGAAUGAAGAGUAAAUAUGAACAAGAUAUUUAGACACAUAAAAAUAGAACAUCUGCUUUGGAACUAGAGAUUAAAACUAUUAAUGAACAGAGAAAUUCUAAUACUUAGAGUGAGAUAACAAGAUUGAUGUAGGAAAUUACUUAAUAUUAAUCUUAAGCUUAAUUAAGAACAACUGAUAAGGAUCUGUAUGAAAGAACUAUUUCAACUUUGAGGAAUUAAAUAAAAGAAAUGGAUAAUGAUAUAUAAAUACUAAUCGAUGCUCAUAAUUAAAAUUAAUUGAAAUUAGAAUCAGCUAUGGCAGAGUCUAAAGGUAAUAUGUAGUAUGAAAUUGAUUAAUUAAAAUAAGAACUUAAUUUUUAUUAGGCUUAAUGUAGAUAAUGGUAAGAAAAAUGCUAAAUGUUUGAGUUAUAGAAAGAAGAAAGUGAGAGAAGAGUUAUUUAAAUGGAAAUCAGAGUCAAUGAAACCAACAAAUAAAUAGAAUAACAGUAGAGUGAAAAAAUUCAAAGAGAUAAUUUACAAGUCCACAAUAUUCAAAAUGAAUUAGAGAAUUGGAAAUAAAAAUAUAUUUAAUUAGAAAUUAAAACAAAAGAUAGUGAAUACCUUAGAGGGAAGAUUAAAUAAUUAGAAGAUUAAAACAAUUAAUUAAUAAUUGAAAAUGAAUAAGUUAAAGCAGAAAUAAAUAUUUUGGUUUAAGAAUUUAAAUAAAUUGAAGAAUAAAAUAAUAGAUAUCGAUCUCCUUAAGAAGAAAAGAAAAAUAGAAAUUCAUUAGAAUCAGAUAGAUUAUAAUUAUAAAUUAAUUAAUUCAACUAGUAAAUCAGUAAUUAUAAGAUCGAAAUUAAAGAAUUAGAAGAAUAAAUCUUAUAUCAUUAAAAUAGAGCAUAUGAUUUUGAGAAAUAGAUAAGAGAUAGAAAUGAGACUAUCACUAAACUUUAAUACAAAUUAAAUAAUAAUGAAAAUAAACUAAGAAUAUUAUUUGAAGAUUAAUUAAAAAUUGAAAAAUAAUAAUGGGAACAAACUAAUUUAAAAUAGAAUGAUGUUCAACUGUAAAAGUAUUCUUAAAAAUAUGAAAGAGAGAUUUCUACAUUAAAAUAACAUAUAUCUUCUUUGGAAGUAGAGAAUUAAUCAUUAUAAAAAUAAUAUGAAAGAUUAAAAAGAGAUAAUGAGGCAAAUUAUUAAAGAUUAUCUGAGAAAGAGUAGUCAAAAAUUAUUGAAUUGGAGAAAUAAAUUUAUUAACUUGAAGAUUAAAUUGUUACUUAAUAAAAGGAAUUCAAAUUGAAAAUUGAAUAAACUAUAUAAGAUACAUCUUAGAAUGAAUAUUAUGAAAUUUAAAUUAAAUAAUUGAAUGAUAGAUUAUAGAAAGAACAAUAACAAAUAAAGUAAUUAAAUAAUUAAUUAUAAAAUGAAUCUUAGAAAGCAUUUGAAAUUGAAUCUAAGUAUUCUAAAGAAAUUAGGUAUUAGUAAGAUAAAAGAAUAGAAAUUCAUUAAAAUGCUCAAUAUUAAUUUGAAGUUGAAAAUCAUUAAAAAGAGAUUGAAAAAACAAGAAGAGAUUAUAGAUAACUUGAAUAAUAAUAUCAAGAAAUGGAAGUUUAAGUGAAAAUAUGGAAAGAGAAAUUUUAUGAUGAAUAAUUAAAACAUUAGGAAGUUCGAUAAUUAUUGAUUGACAUUAAAACAUAAUAUGAAUCUCAUACUUAUAUUGUUACUUAAACUGAAUAAGAUAAAUACAAAUUUCAAUAACUAGAAUAAAAAUUGAUUGAGUUGCAAGAAGAAAUUCGUGUUAUAAAAAUUAGAGAAGAAAAAUAUAAGGAAUAAAUUAAGACAUAUUAAAUAAGUGUAGAAAAUGGCAGAUAACAUUAAGAUCAAACUAGAAAAAUUAAAUAAUUAGAAUUCGAUAUUGAGACUUUAAGAAUAAAGUGUAGAGAUUUAGAAAAACAACUUUUAGAAAAAAGAAAUGAAUUUAAUUCAUUAAAAAGUGAAUGGGAAGUUGAUAAAUAAAAAAUAACUGAAUUAAAAGUUUCAUUUGAAGUGCUUUAAAAAAAUAAAUAAGAAAUUAAAAAAGAAUUGAUUGAAACUCCUUCUAAAUAAGAUAAAUAAAAAAUUUAAGAUUUAGAAUAAUAAUUAUCUUUAUUAUAAUUGAAAUAAGUUUCUACAUCUAAACAAGAAGUUAUUAGAGAAACUAUUAGAGAAACUGUUUAAGUAAGAAGUUCAGAAGAUAUUAAAUUAAUUGCUAGUUUAGAGGAAGAAUUACAAUUAUGGAAAACUAAAUAUUAUGAAUUAAAUAGAAGAAAGAAUUAAGUUGUUGUAGAAACUAUAAAAGAAGUCUAAUCAUUAGAAAGUGAUAAAAUAAAAAUUUAAGAAUUAGAAAAUUAAAUAAAAUAAUCAUCUGCUAAAAAAUAAGAAAUUAUUCGAGAAUAUAUAACAAAAACUGUUGAAGUUCCUAUUGAAUAAGAUAAAAUAAGAAUUUAAGAAUUGGAAACAGAAGUAAAUAUGUUGAAAGAACAAAUCUAUAUGUUAAAGUAAAUUAAACAAGAGAUUAUAACAUAACAAAUAAAAGUUGAAGUGCCAUCUUAAGUUGACAAAUUAAAAAUAUAAUCUUUAGAAUCUCAAUUAGGUUAAUUAAAAAAAGAAUAUGACAAUCUAGCAAAAAGUAAAUAGGAAGUAGUAAGAGAAAUAAUAACUGAAAGAAUUGAAGUUCCAUUAGAAUCUGAUAAAUUGAAAAUCUCAUAGUUAUAAAUGUAGCUUUAACGUUUACAGAAGGAUUAUUAAUAUUUAGAAUAAAAAAAAUAAGAAAUUAUCAAAGAAACUAUUAAUGUUGAAGUUCCCUCUUUUGCUGACAAAUCAAAAAUUUAACAAUUAGAAUUUUAAUUAUCAUCAUUAAAAAAAGAAUUUUAAAUAGUUUCUUCAUAAAAAUAAGAGAUAAUAACUGAAUAUGUAAUUGAGAGAAUUGAAGUUCCUUUGGAAUCUGAUAAAAUAAAAAUUUAAUAAUUAGAAGAUUAAUUAAAUAAAUUAGAAAAAGAUUAUUAGUUAUUAAAUUUAAAAAAAUAAGAAAAAAUAAUAGAAACAAUCACUGUGGAAAUUCCAUAAUAAUCUGAUAAAUUAAGAAUACAACAACUAGAAUCAUAAGUUUUAUAAUUAAAAUCAGAUAUUGAGAUAAUUACAAAAUAAAAAUAAGAAGUGAUAAGAGAAAUAAUUACAGAAACAGUUGAAGUGCCUUCAAAAAAAGAUAAAAUAAGGAUUUAAUAAUUAGAAGAAGAAUUGUAAAAUUUAAAUGAAGAUUAUUAUUAAAUUAGUUAAAAGAAACAAUAAAUCAUUAAAGAAACUGUUACCGUAGAAGUUUCUUCAGAAGCAGAUAAAUUCUAAAUUUAAUAAUUAGAAUCAUAUGUUUAAAAAUUAAUGUCAGAAAUUCAAAUAAUAUAAUAAUAAAAAUAGGAAAUAAUUCGAGAGAUAAUUACAGAAACAAUUGAAGUACCAAAUGAAUAAGAUAAACUUCUAAUAAAAUAAUUAGAAAAUCAAAUUUAAUAAUUAUAAAAAGAUUAUAAUUAAUUAAAUUAAAAGAAAUAAGAGAUUAUAAAGGAAACUGUAACAGUAGAGGUUUCCUCAUAAGCUGAUAAAUAUCGAAUUUAAUAGUUGGAAUAGUCAUUACUAUAAAUAAAAACUGAGUAUUUGAAUUUAUAAAAUAAUUACGACCUCCUAAAUUAAAAGAAAUAAGAGGUAAUUAAGGAAGUAAUUACAGAAAGAGUAGAAGUAUCAUCCUCAGUAGAUAAAUAAAGAAUUGCAUAAUUAGAAUUUUAAUUAAGUAAUUUGACUUUGGAAUUAUAAAUAAUUUCAAAAAAAAAAUAAGAAGCUAUUCGAGAAGUAAUUACAGAGAGAAUAGAAGUUUCUAAAGAAUCUGACAAAAGAAGAAUCAUUGAACUAGAGUAAGACUUAAAUAAACUAUAAUAAGAUUACAUUGUAUUAAAUAAGAUUAAAUAAGAAGUAGUAAAAGAAACAUACACAAUAGAGGUUCCUUCUCAAGCUGAUUAAUUUAGAAUUUAAUAAUUAGAAAUGCAGCUUUCAUAAUUAAAAAGUGAAUAUUAAGUUUUAUAAUCUAGAAAAUCAGAAAUUAUUAGGGAAAUAGUAGAAGUACCUAUAGAAUCUGAUAAAAUCAAAAUUAAAUAGUUAGAAUACUAACUUAAUACUUUAUAAUAAGAAUUCUUUAUUUUGAAUUAAAAGAAAUAAGAAGUAAUAAAAGAAACUGUAACAAUUGAAGUUCCCUCUGAAGCAGAUUAAUAUCGUAUAAGAUAGUUGGAACAAUAAUUAUCUACUUUAAGGGAUAAUCUUACUAUCAUUCAAAAAUAAAAAUAAGAAGUACAAAUAGUGAAGGAAACCAAAUAAGUUAGUAAAUAAGAAGAUUUGUUAAAAAUUUAAAGCUUAGAAAGGUAAUUAUUUUAAGAACAAAAUUAAAUUGAAAUCUAUGAAAAACAACUUAAAGAAUAUUCUAAUUCAUAUCUUGAAUUAGAAUAAGAAUUAAAAUCUCUAAAGUUGUAAUUUAGAAAUAUUUAGAGAUAAAAUUUGGAUUAUUAAGAAUAAUUAACCUAGUAACAAUUAAAGAUAGAUGAAGGAUAAAAAUAAAAAUAAAUUCUUAUUUAAUAUGAAAGAAGAGAAUAAGAAUUUUCAGAAUAAAUUAAAUUACUAGAGAAAAAAAAUGAAGAAUUAAGGUAAGUAAGAGAAAGAUAUACAGAACAAGAAUUAAAAUUUAAAUUUUAUAAAGAGGAAUAAUUUUAAAAUGAAAAAUAAAUUGAAAGGUUAAAAUAAGAAAUCUAAUCAUAAAAAAAAUAAUAUGAAGAAAGGAUCAAUCUUCAAGAAACUUAAUUUAAAAAAGAAAUAACUAAUUUAUAAACUUAGUAAUUAAAUAGUGUAAAUGAGGAGUUGUAGUAUUUAGAAAAUUCUAAAAAUAGGGAAAUUAAAGAAUAUCAAUAAUAAAUAGAAUAAUUAUAAAAAGAAAAUGAAAAAAUGAUAGAUCUAAUGAAAAAUAAAAAUGAAGAAAACGAAUAAUGGAAGAGAAAAUUUAUAGCUUUAUCAACAGAAGUAAGUACAAAUUCUGGAGAAAUUGAAUCUAUUCGAAUGUAAUUGAAAUCUUCAGAGCAAAGCAGAGAUACAAUUAAAGCUGAAUUAGAUAGAGUUAAUAAAAUAUAUUUUUAAUGUUAAAAUGAAUUAACAUAAAGUAAAACAAAAUAUAAUGAACUUGAACUAAAAUUAAGAUAAUUGAAUCGUGAAAAUUAAGAUUAUUAAGAUAGAUAUUAGUAGAUAGAUUUUGAAAAAUUAAAUAGGUUAGAAAUAGAAAAUAAAAGAAAAGUAGAACAAAUAUAGUAACUAGAAUUAUAGUUAAGAAAUAUAGAAAAUAAUAGAAAGGCUUCAACAACAAAUGAAUCAAAAUAUAGAGAGUUACUGAGUAUAUUAUAAUAGAAGGAACUUGAAAAUGUAUAAUUACACGAAAUGAUUCAAGAAUUAUCUAUAAAUAUAAGGUAAUUAAGAGUUGAGCAUGAAGCAAUUUUAGAAUAAUCAAGCAAAUAGUAAAUUAUUAUAAGAGAAACUUAAAAGUAAUGAAUUAUUGUAAGUUUAGUAAUUAAAAACUUGUAGAAUUAGAAACUAGAAUUGAAGGUUUGAAUGCUGAAAUUUAAAGAUAGAUGAUGCUAAAAGAGUAAAUUUAAUCAAAACAUGAUAAAUUAAUUGAACGAGUAAUAAAUUAAUUUAUAAAUAGGCAACAGAAUAUGAAUCUGAAAUUAAUAUGCUUAGAAAUGAGCUUUCUAAAACUUAAAGAAGAUUGAGUUCAAAUUAAACUAAUAAUGCAUAAUUUUUAUAUUAGACUUAUGAGAUAUAAAGGGGAGAAGAAUAAGUGAAUAAUAAAACUGGAUUAGUUUCAGGUUUCAAUCUUGAAGAAUCUAAAAAAAUUAAAUCUUUAGUAAAUACUGCUUAAUAAAAAUAAGACGUCUCUGACUAAAAUAUAGGAGUAAAAGAAUUUUAAUAUUCCAUUAAAUCAUUUUCAUAAGCUUAAUAAUUUAAUCCUUUAAAAUCUGAUGUAUUUAUUACUAUAGUAACUAGAUAAUCAAAUAAAAAGUUUAAUAAAUUAAACCUGUAGAAUACAAUAAUAAAUGA